CAAUUACGUAAAAAAUAGUCGAGUUUAUAAACCCCCAGUUGACGAUCCUCACCCGUGCACAUUCACGCGUUGGUUCAAAGCUUCCGUCUCCUUCUCUCUCUCUCUCCCUUGAUCUCCAUCUUCAAGAUCCCUCCGCGAAAGCUCAUCGAAGGGAUCCGUAGCCAGAAAUGGGGCUUACAUUCACGAAGCUUUUCAGCCGGCUUUUUGCCAAGAAGGAGAUGCGAAUUCUGAUGGUUGGUCUUGAUGCCGCCGGUAAGACCACCAUCCUCUACAAGCUCAAGCUUGGUGAGAUCGUCACAACCAUUCCCACCAUCGGGUUUAAUGUGGAGACCGUGGAGUACAAGAACAUCAGCUUCACUGUCUGGGAUGUCGGGGGUCAGGACAAGAUCCGACCAUUGUGGAGGCACUACUUCCAAAACACACAGGGUCUUAUCUUUGUUGUGGACAGCAAUGACAGAGACCGUGUUGUUGAGGCAAGGGACGAAUUGCAUAGGAUGUUGAAUGAGGAUGAACUGCGUGAUGCUGUGUUGCUCGUAUUUGCUAACAAACAAGAUCUUCCCAAUGCAAUGAAUGCUGCUGAAAUCACUGAUAAGCUUGGCCUGCACUCUCUGAGACAGCGUCACUGGUACAUUCAGAGCACCUGUGCAACCUCUGGGGAGGGUCUAUAUGAGGGGCUCGAUUGGCUCUCCAACAACAUUGCUAACAAGGCGUGAUCGUAUUGAGGAGUCAUUUUGUGGACCGGAAAUUCUGGAUGCAGGGGUGAACAUUAUCUAGUUCUUUUUUUUGUUUUCGAGACAAUUGAAUCGUUGUUAAAUCUUGUAUUUCUUCUUUGAUUUCUCAUUUCGUCUAGGAGGAAGACCUUUUAUAUUAUGUUAUGAUAGAAAGAAUGAAUGAGUGGGAGUGGGAGUGGGAGUGGGAGUGGGGUUGGUCAAAUGUGUACAUUUGAGCUCUUGGUUGGAUUUUGGAUACAGUUUCUGAAUUGUAAUUGCUGUAUCUACCGUGCUGCCGUUUUUCGCAUCUUUUAUUGCAUAAAUUCGAAGCCCCUAACUGCGACCGGAGGCGGUUGUGUUGUGCCGUGCUUUGUUUCUUGCCAUGCAAGACUUCUCAGUGAUGCGGAACCACACGGAGAGAUUUUAGAGUGCAGGUGGUGGUACCAUGUCACUCAUCCGUCCAAGACCCAAAAACAUCCCACUAGGUCCAUCUAGGGGCACGACCACUUGUCAAGUUGUCAUGUGUUAAAAAAAAUGGAGGUUUAAUAAAACACUUCUGGUAUUGUUCA